CGUAUUUAUUCUGGUGUUUUUAUUUUCUAAUAUUAAUUUACAUAAAACAUACUAGACUUAAGUAUUUUUUAUCAUCUUAAUAUCAUAAGAUGAUGUAUAUAAAGGGAAAUUACUUAAGAUGGAGACUAAUUGUUUUAAUUGCAAUGAUUAUUUUUCCAACUAGAAUAAACGUUUCAGCAAAUAAUAAACCUCAAACACAUUCCGAACGUCCUACUGAUUAUUUAGAUUACGAUGAGGGCGGCACUAGUAAGCCCGUUAAAGACCAAGCAUCGAUACAGGUUCCGUGCGGGGACUUCCGGCCUGGAGAGGACGAUCUACAAAUAAUCGAUUUCAUUAGAAAAUUUGGGUUGGAUUCGGCAGAAGAAAUAUUGAGGAAAAACGUUAUCAAAGUGACUGGAUCAAAUCGUUUUCAGACUGCUUAUAGGGUGGAAAAAACAGCACUUUUAAUUAUGCCCACAAGAAAUAUAUUUCCCUUGGGCAUACCUCAACAAUUUUCUUUUAUUGCUACCUUCAGUUCAAGAUUAGUAGCUAAAACACAGUGGCACAUACUGAAGAUUGUUGAUUAUCAAAAUAAUACUAAUUUACAAAUUACACUGAAUCAAGUUUUAGGAACUGUAGAGUUCUCGAUUGUUAAUUAUAAUGGGUACUUGCAAACUGUUAAAUACGAAGCAAGCCAUAUAUUUGAUAGAAAUUGGCACAAGUUACAUUUUGGAGUAUUUUACGAUAGAGUAGUACUUUACAUAGACUGUAAACAAGUUGGUGUUAAAAUGUUGGAAUCUAGAGGUACAGUGGAUAUGUUUGGUAGUACAGCUCUAAUGACAAAUAAUGAUUAUUUAGCAGCACUAGUGGAUGUACAAUGGAUAACAUUAAGUUGUGAUCCAACAAAACCUCAACGAGAAGGAUGCACAGAAUUGUAUCUAAUGGGAGAAGAAACUGUACAAAUUCAACAGCCAAUUGCAGCUACGUCUGGAAGUAAUUGUCCUAACCGAGAAAAUCAAUGUGCCAACAGACAUCCACCAAUCGUAAAUCAAAGUAAACAGGGACCGCCAGGACCUCAAGGACAAGAAGGGCCACGAGGACUAACAGGUCCACAAGGCCCUCCAGGUCCACCAGGAAUUCCAGGAGUGGAAGGUCCACGAGGAUAUCCGGGUUUACCUGGUACUCCAGGUAUACCUGCAUUGCCUGCUUUACGAGGAGAAAAAGGAGAACAAGGAGAACCUGGAAAUCCUGGAAAUAAAGGCGAACCUGGACUUCCUGGAACUAUUACAUAUAUUCCAGCUCAACAAGAAACACAAUAUUUAAGACCAGGAACACUUAGCAUACCAGGCGAAAAAGGAGAACGAGGAGAACCUGGAUUGCCAGGUUAUUCAGGAAAUGGUUUUACUGAAAACGAGUUGAAAGAAAUGUGUAAAUCAAUUUUGAAAGAACAAUUAUCUGAACUCACAAACACCUUCAUUGGUCCGCCUGGGCCUCCAGGUCGGUCAAUUAUAGGUAAACCUGGUCCACCGGGUAUCCAAGGCCCUCCAGGAGAGCCUGGAUUACCAGGCUUAGGAAUGCCAGGUGAAAGAGGUUUUCCAGGAUCUCCUGGUAUGCAAGGAUCACCGGGUCCUGAAGGGCCAGUUGGACCAAAAGGAGAUAAAGGGGACCGUGGAACAGAAGCAGUUGCAUAUGAAGGACCACCUGGACCCCCGGGUCUACCAGGUCCAAGUGGAGCAAAAGGCAGACCAGGAGAUAGAGGUGAACCAGGAAGACCGGGUCCAAUUGGUCCAAAUGGUUAUCCUGGACCUCAAGGUUCGCCAGGAUAUUGUGAAAUGUGUAAUAAUGUCUAUUAUGCAGGUAGACCACCAGCAGUUGGAAAUUUCAAAGGACCUUAAGUUAAACAUGCAAAUAUAUACAAUAUAUUUUAUAUUACAUUAUAUAUUACUUAUCAACCUUUACUAAUAAAGAUUUAUCAAAACAUA